CCAGCCAAGAAGGGCCCCGUCAGCCCAGCAGAGGCUGCAGGUCCCCAAGCGGAGGGGGCACUCCCCCUCCCAGCCCCGUGGGCUGAUGUCCUCACUCCAAGAGAGACGCAGAGGGUCGGGAGAAGGAGCGUGCCAGCCCGAGAGCCAAUCGGAGCCUGGCAGGGAAGGCGGCCCAGCAGCCUGGCAGCCACUCACGCCCUGGCCGGGCUCUCUGUCUGGCCCGGACUGGGCAGCGCCCCUGCCAAUCAGGGGGUGGGCCAGCCGGGGCGCUGAGCCAAUGGGGAGGCUCGGCUCGGCUGGCCCCAGGGCAGGCAGGGAGGGAGGAGAGGCAGUCUGGUCCUGCCUUGGUCCUGGUGCUGCCGUGGGGCGGGAGGCUGAGCUUCUGCCCAGAGCCAGAGGGAUGGUGGUAGUCACAGGGCGGGAGCCAGCCAGCCGUCGCCCGGAUGAUGCCAUGUCCAGCUCGGACGCUGAAGACGACUUUCAGGAGCCUGCCACCCCCACGGCCACCCAGGCUGGGCAUGCGCUGCCCCUGCUGCCCCAGGAGUUUCCUGAGGUUGUCCCACUCAACAUCGGAGGGAUGUACUUCACCACACGCCUGUCGACAUUGCGGCGCUAUGAGGACACCAUGCUGGCAGCCAUGUUCAGUGGGCGUCACUACAUUCCCACCGAUGCUGAGGGACGGUAUUUCAUCGACCGCGAUGGGACUCACUUUGGAGAUGUGCUUAACUUUCUUCGUUCGGGCGACCUGCCCCCAAGGGACCGAGUGAGGGCCGUGUACAAGGAGGCCCAAUAUUAUGCCAUUGGGCCCCUGCUGGAGCAGCUAGAGAAUGUGCAGCCACUGAAAGGGGAGAAGGUGCGCCAGGCAUUCCUGGGGCUCAUGCCCUAUUACAAAGACCACUUGGAGCGGAUUGUAGAGAUCGCGCAGCUGCGGGCCGUGCAGCGCAAGGCCCGCUUUGCCAAGCUGAAGGUCUGCGUCUUCAAGGAGGAGAUGCCCAUCACACCCUACGAGUGUCCCCUCUUCAACUCCUUGCGCUUCGAGCGCAGUGAGAGUGACAGCCCCUUCUUCGAACACCACUGUGAAGUGGACGUGUCCUUCGGGCCGUGGGAGGCCGUGGCCGACGUCUAUGACCUGCUGCACUGCCUGGUCACGGACCUCUCUGCCCAGGGCCUCACGGUGGAUCACCAGUGUAUCGGGGUAUGCGACAAGCACCUGGUCAACCAUUAUUACUGCAAGAGGCCCAUCUAUGAGUUCAAGAUCACGUGGUGACACUGAGCCAAGCUUUUGAGGAGGAUGUCAGUGUGAGUAGAGCGCAGAUUACUAACACCAGUGCUGGCAGUAACCCACAUUGGCCUCUCUCCCCCUGUCCCCUCCUGCUCCCGCCACAGAGCAUCGCAGUGUGUUUAUUUAGAAUCCACAUGGGUGAGACCCAGAGUGACUGGUUUUCGAAUACCCCUGCAGCCCUGCUUGGGGGUUACCCUGGAUGCUGGGUGAGGACAGUGUCCCACAUCUUUCUGGAAGGCCACUCUCUGUUACUCUGUCGUGCUGUGCUUUUGAUGACUGUGUUUCGCUGUGUGUCCUUCUGGGGAGGUUAGGGUCAACAGCAAGGGUCAGCUCCCUUUAGAAGUUUUUUUCUAGAGCUAACAGAAAACCCUUGUAGCAAGCAGGCUUGGCCUUCCCUCUGUCUAGGACCUGAAACAGAAUGGGAAGGCAGGUAAAAAAUUCCAUAGUCUAUAGCCAUCACACCUGAAGGGGAGGAGGGAAAGGUGGUUGUUGCUAACCAGCCCCUGGUUCUGCCCUUGGGCUGAUGGGAAUAAAACCCCUUCUCUGGGGAAAGGAAGCUGUGACUUCAGUUAUCAAGGCCUAAGCCAGGAAGGGGCAGAGUCCCAACAGAGCCUUAGAAACCCCUCCCCCCAAUACCAACAAUGGAGUUUACUUGAAUUCUCUCGACUGCCCCUGGCUUUAGAAAUGAAACCAGAUGCAUUCACUUCAGGGACAGGCCAAGAGAAAAGACUCAUUGGAUUGAUUUGUGGAUCAUCAGUUUUGCGCUGGAACAAACCUAUCUAGAGAGGGUCUAGUCCAGUGCCCUCAUUUUUCUUUUUUUUUUCUUUUUUUUUUUUUUGGUGAGGCAAUUGGGGUUAAGUGACUUGCCCAGGGUCACACAGCUAGUAAGUGUUAAGUGUCUGAGGUCGGAUUUGAACUCAGGUACUCCUGACUCCAGGGCUGGUCCUCUAUCCACUACACCAUCUAGCUGCCCCUCUCAUUUUUCAAAUAAGAAAACUGAGCUCAGAGGCUGGACUUGUCCAAGUCAUAACAUAACAAAGGUGUAUCUUGAAUACAGAUCUCUGUCUCCAAACCCAUUGUUCUGUUAUUAGAAAACAGGAGAAUCAAAGGUGAGGAUACAUCCCGAGGAAGGUGGCUGACCAGGUCAAGAGUUUCCCCCAUGGUUGGCUCCCCAUGGGUCACUGGCCUGGCAGGUUAAGAAGACAAGAUCUGGGGACGGGGCUCUCGGCUGGAUCCCUCCCCAGCCCAGCAGACCUGGAGAGAGACAGGUGGCCAUGCCCUUUCCCACACAGUUCAACCAGAGGCUCCCUCUGGCUUGGCUCUUUGGCCAACCAUGCAGGUGGCAGCCAGUUCUGCCUUCCUGCAGGUUUUGCUUCUUUCUUGGCCCUAUGAUCUGCUGGGGGCUUUCUGAGGAAUGCUUCUCAGGUUGGGUCAGAUGACUCUUUCUCUUCCUGGGGAUUUGUUGCUCUGCCUGAGCCCCCAGCAGUGCUGGUAGUGGUACUAUAAAAAGUGUCGAGGUCACUGGGUGCAAGUCAUUCCUGAUGUUACCUUGAGUUCAGAGUCUACAGGGGUGACCUCAUCUUGAAAGAGUUAAGAUAUCUUCCCAUACUGUAAGCACUCUGUUUCUAGAAAGGACCUCUCUUUCUCAUGCACUUGUACACAUGCACACACACACAUAUACACAUCCUUCUGUCCAGACUUAGUCCUUAACAAAACUGCAUUUCUGGGCCCCAUUUGCCAGUGUUCUCACCAAAGAGAGAGCUCCAUACAACCCCUUAGGGCCAUACAUAACUCUAGAGCCAGAAGGGUCCUCAGAAGCCAGCCAGUCUAACCCCCUCAUUUUACAGAUAAGGAAACUGAGGCCCCAGGAGGUGAUGUGACUUGGCCAAAGUCACAUGGGUAAUAAGCAUUUGAAAUAGGAUUUGAACUCAGGUUCUCUGACCCCAGAGCUAGGGCUUUUUCCACACUGGUGGAAGGAAGCUGAAGGGGGAAAGCUAUUUCUCAAAUUCUGGAAAAAUGUGCACGGGUAAGGGAAUGGGGGAGGAGGCAGAGGGGCAGGUGCUGACCUGGGCUUAAGUGUCUUCCUCCCCUACAAUCUGGGGCUCUGUGUCACUGUGUAACAGGUCCUGUGUCGUUGGCUUUCUUUCAUUCCGAUGUCUGUGAUGGUAUGGCUGCACCAGCCUCCUCGCUAUACCAUGGCAUUAAAGUGAAGUAU